AUGUGCAGUGCCAUCGUGGAGAUCGUGAAGCCCAAUGACGAGAAGCCUGACGAGUUUGAGUCGGGCUUCUCCCAGGCCCUCCUAGAGCUGGAGAUGAACUGGGACCUCAAGGCCCAGCUGCGGGAGCUGAACAUCACGGCCACCAAGAAAAUUGAGGGUGGUGGUGGUCAGAAAGCUAUCAUAAUCUUUGUUCCUGUUCCUCAACUGAAAUCUUUCCAGAAAAUCCAGGUCCGGCUAGUGCGUGAGUUGGAGAAGAAGUUCAGCGGGAAGCAAGUUGUCUUUAUCACUCAGAGGAGAAUUCUGCCUAAGCCAACUCGAAAAAGCCGUACAAAAAAUAAGCAAAAGCGUCCCAGGAGCCGCACUCUGACAGCCAUGCAUGACACCAUCCUGGAGGACCUGGUUUUCCCAAGUGAGAUUGUGGCCAAGAGAAUCUGUGUGAAGCUGGAUGGCAGCCGACUCAUAAAGAUUCAAUUGGAUAAAGCACAGCAGAACAAUGUGGAACACAAGGUUGAAACCUUUUCUGGCAUCUAUAAGAAGCUCACGGGUAAGGAUGUUAAUUUUGAAUUCCCAGAGUUUCAGUCAUAA